AUGCUAAAGGAUUUUAUGAAUUAGGUUAAAAACUUAUAAUAGAAUAUCAAUAUUCAAGAGGCGAUUUCAACUCUUACAGAAUUUACGAUAAUCGGAGACAAAAAUAAUUAGGACCUUUUUGAGUAUGAAUUUCAAGAUUUGUUAGCUUGUUCAUUGAAGAGAAAGUAAUUGAUGAAUUCCUUAGGAUUCUAAAAAAAACAACCGAAGCAGAUGUUAUAAUCAAAAUAUUGUCAUCUGUUUCCAUGCUAUUGUAACUAAAAUCAAUUUAAUAUGGUAUAGUACUAAUAUCAAUAAUAACCUAAUUGUUCUUCUUUCCUUACCCUAAUUAAACGAAUUCAUCAUAUUCGAUUAUAAUUUGAAAAAGGAUGAGAUCCCAGAUUACUACAUCAAUUUUAUUAAAAUUAUCUCAAAUAAGCUAAAUGCUGGUAAUAUUUAAUUAUUCUUCAAUUCUGUAAGCAUAUAUCAAUUAACACUUAUAGAAAUAUUGCUAGUUCCCAUUAUUGCUUUACUCAUAAAACUUCUACAAUUCACCCGAUAACUUAACUCGAAUAUAUACAAGACAUUUGCUAUUACACAUUUUGAAAAUUACUUAGGAAUCAAAACUAAGUCCAAUCCUGGUAAAAUACUUGCAAUCUUAUCCUUUUUUACAAGUUCUAGCAAAUCAUAUGCAGUUCAUGAGGGAAUUGUUCGCAAAAACCAAAGAGAAGCAUGAUAAUUUUGAUGAAGAACUUGGACUUAUGGAUCAUUUCUUUAAGGAUCUCUCUCAAAUGGUUCCUCAAUUGAAAUAAGUAACAGCAUCCUUAUUUUAAGAUUUUAGAUAAUCUAUUCAUGUAGAUCAUAAUUUUACCGUAAUAUAAGGAAAUAACAAAUAUAAAAGAUGAUUAAAAAACUUAAUGUUUUAACACCAUCUUGCAUUUUUUAUAAAAUGAUAUUUAUAUUAGCGAAAGAUUGUAAGUUGGAAUAUUUUCUUUGAUUUUUUUACACGAAAUACCAUAAUUUCAAAUAUUCGAAAUAGAAUUGAAUUACUUACCUGUUUAGGAUGCUGAUUUAAGAGAAAUUUGUCGUAAUUUCUUUCAAAAUUCCUAAAACAUCUAAGAAUCACGCUUUAUGAAAUUUGAAAAAUUAAAUUAUACUCUAUCAUUUAUUCCUUAUUUAUCAAGUUAUUAUUCAAAGAGUAAUCCAAAAUAGAUCUUAUUUGAAGAAUUAUUGAAAAAUGAUGUUGUUUCUAUUUUAUUAAUGUCUGACAAUCUUUAGCAGUAUUAAUAGUAGGUGUACAAUAUAUAUAAUGUUUAUACUUUUUUGGAUUGCUUGAAUGAAGGCCAUUACUUGUAGGUUUUGGAUAUCAUGCUUGCUUUGAUACUGAAAAAACAUAUUUUUUAGAUGACUUCACCUCAAAAAGCGAGCUUUAUUAUAAAUUUAAUCAACAUUAUGAUAAAUGAAUCAGAGAACAAAUUAAAUACAAUUUAAAAUUGCAAGAAAAGUAUUUAAAUUGUAAAGGAACUAAUUUCAUUUUAUGAGAAGUAAUUUAUGAUUGCUUUUAUGAGAUGCAAUGUCUUAAAAAAAAUGGAAAUUCACUUUAUCUAAUCAGAAUCCCUUUAUUAUAAAUACUUUUUUAAGGUUUAAUAAUGUGUAGAAGACGAGAAUAUAGAGGUAUUUAAAAAAAAACCAGAAACACAUUAGGUAGUCAGAUAUUUGAUGUUUUUAAAUGUGAUUUUAGAAUAGGGAUGGUUAGAAAAUCCAUUUCAGAAAAUUAAUUAUAAUUUAGCCUUUGAACUGAAGUCAUUUAAUAAUGGAUAGAUAAAAUUAAUUAAUUGUUAAGCAAUAAUAGAGGAUAAUGCUUAUGAAAUAGAAGAAUUAGAAGUAAAGUAUGAUUAAGAGCAGAACAAGGUCCUCAUUAUGAAUUUGAUUAAUGAAAAUGAAAAUUACACAGUUGAUUUCCAAGAGGCAGUUGAAUAAGAGGAAUUUUUACGAGAAUUCUAGAAUAGGCAAAGGGCUUAAGAAUAACACUUUGUUCCAGAAACCUUAAAACAAUUACAUAAAUUAUACUUAUGA